GCGAGCAGGUUUCAGGGGGUCCAUAAAGCAGGGCCAGUGGGGGCCCAGGGAAGAAAGCCAAAGCCCCAUUGCAUGGGGCUGAAACCCGGGGCCCUGAGCCCUGCAACCCAGGGUUGAAGCCGAAGCCCGAGCAACAUAGAUUUUUGGGGGGUCCUGUGGCAUGGGACCCCAAGCAAUUGCCCUGCUUGCUACCCCCUAAUGCCAGCCCUGGCUGUUAUAUGCAGAAAAUCAGUUGUGACACAGGUGGGCCAUGGAGUUUUUAUAGCAUAUUGGGGUGGGGUGGGCUUCAGAAAGAAAAAGGUUGAGACCCCCGGAUAUAGAUAAUCCUACCUUUAAAAGUAACUUGCAAAGGAAUAAAAGUGGGCAUAUGCCCUUUUUUUUUUGGUGCUUUAAAAGCCUUGUUUUUAAUGCAAGUCUUGUCAUCUCUGGAGGACUGUGUGUGAGAAGAAAACUAGUAGGAUUAUGACACCACAGGUACUGUCGUGCUAUAGCAAAUUACAAGUCUAUCCUAAACAGCAGGUGUUUAAUAAACACAGCAACUACAAACUAUAGGUAAAGAAACAUGCUUCUGUACAGAUUGAGUUUCAACUUUUUCUCGCUUGUUUACCAGGGGCUCCACACUGUCGGGGACUCCAUUCAGCACAAGAGACCUCUAGUAGCUGAAUAAUGUACUGCAAAUGUUUUAAAUCUGGAGCUGGACUCAACGAGUCCCCAAACUCCGGAGCCAAGGGAGACAGAUGGGUCCAAUCUGGAGCAAGAAUCCAAUAUCCAGCAGAUGCCAGCCGUUAUCAAAAAGCGAAGAACACUUCAGGGCAUCCUGUUCAAGUUGAAACUGAAGAAGUACAGAAGCAGGAAGCUCACAUUAUGUGACCUCCAGGAAAUCAGCCCAGAAAGUCUAAAGGACUGGACUGCUCAGACAUUAGGGGAUUUACCAUGGCAUUUCCUGAGGAAGGUCAUGGCUCUGAAUGGGACGGCCAGAAACACAAGCCUUGGGCAUGGGGACCUUGAAGAUGAAGCAGUCAGUGAGGAUGAGGAGGAGCUGAAUAUUGAUGACUAUUUCUGUUUUAGUGACACUGAGAUGGAAGUUUCUCUGCACCCCCUCGAUGUUCUCUGUGCCGUUCUGCUUUGCUCAGACAAUUUCCUACAGCAGGAGAUUCUGUCCAAAAUGUCCAUGUGCCAGUUUGCCCUCCCUCUGCUGCUGCCUGCCCUUGACACCCCCAAGUGCACCCUAAUGCUGUGGGCCAUGAGGGACAUUGUGAGGAAGUGGAGGCCGCACUCCUUGGCAGAGAGCAGAGGGUUCAGAGAGGAGAGCCUGGUGCUCACUUCAAUGCCAACCAUUUCCUUUGUGCGGAUGGGGAGCUGCAGCUUCUCCAAGUCCAAACUCCUCAAUGCGGUUCUGAGCCCCUCCCAGCAGCACCACGAUUUCUUUGUCCAUCGGGACAUGGAGUCUGGGAACGUACCUCGGGAAAUUGCAGAUGGGCUGGUUGAGAUAUCCUGGUAUUUUCCUAAUGGGAGCAAGAAUUCAGAUCUUUUCUCAGAACCCAUUGCGGUUACAAACCUGCAUGGAGACAUUGAGUCGCACUGGCUGCAGUUCAACUUUUUAAUGAAGGUAUCAACUCUUACGUUCAUAUUUGUUGAAAGACUCAGUGAAAGGGAAUAUGUUCUUUUAUCGUCUCUGAAGGAAGCAGGCACAAACCUGUAUUUUAUGCUCGGUUCUAAGGCUGAGAAAUCCAAGGACAUGUUGGGCUUCCUUAAAAAGCUAGUUCUGGACCUGAAAUUGAGGAAGUCACACCUGUUGUUCAAGCAGAGCACAACUAAUCAGGCAGAGUUUGUAAAAAAGCUGCGGACCACCAUUGGAAGAAUAACAAAGUUUCCUCAUAGGCGCGUGACUAUGGAAGACAUGGCUGAGGCUGCCCGGGAACUAGGAAUCCAGGUAGAUGAGGACUGCAAAGAAUGUCAGAGCUCCAGCAAGUGCGUUAAAGAAAUCAGCGCAGAAAUAAAAGACGUGGCAAAGUACAAGAGGGAAAUGCUGAGACUGCAAGGGGAUUUAGGGACGACUGUGGCUAAAGCGGAAAAAGAGUUGUGUCGAAUGAGAAAACCAAGGACAACCCACUUAGAGAAAUAUGAAUCUGAGUUGAAAGAAAAAUUGGUGGCAUUACACCAAGAAAAGAAUCAGUGGGACCUUACUGAUGGUUUGGUUCAAUUUAUCAAUGGGAUAGCGUGUCUAUCUCAAGUGGAAAGAUGUUAUUUCCUGAAAUGGAUGAAGCUUAGCCUGGAUCACAUUACAAGGGGGAAUCUUGCUAGCUUAAAAGCAGAGUACAAAGAGAAAUGUAAAACUUCAGGGAGCGACCCACAAGAGCUAGCAGAACUCAGUAAACUAAUCGCUGCCAGAUCCUUAGGGUCUGAGCACUUCAUGCGUGAGUUGGGGCAAUUCUAUGAGGCUGAACAUUCAAGGGUGAAACAAAGCAAAAUAACAGAAAGCCAAAAACAAUUCAUCUGUCUCCCAGGCAUAGCAGCUGACCUGAUGCUGGAAGGGUUUCCCAUGGAGCUGAUCGAUGGAGAUGCCUCCAACAUCCCACUGCAGUGGGUGACAGAUGUUCUGACUGAGCUCCAUGCAAAGCUGGGGGGAAGGUCCAGAAUGCUGGUUCUAACGGUGCUGGGAGUGCAGAGCACUGGGAAAUCCACCCUCCUCAACACCAUGUUCGGCCUGCAGUUUGCAGUGAGCAGUGGCCGAUGUACACGAGGAGCCUUCAUGUCACUCAUUAAAGUGGCAGAGAACUUUCGGCAGGACCUGGGCUGUGACUUCAUCCUGGUGAUAGACACAGAAGGCCUGAAAGCUCCAGAACUGGCCAGGCUGGAGGAUAGUUAUGAACAUGACAAUGAGAUGGCCACCCUGGUGAUUGGACUGAGUGACAUAACCAUUGUUAACAUGGCCAUGGAGAAUGCCACCAAAAUGAAGGAUGUUCUGCAAAUUGUGGUCCAUGCAUUUCUCAGAAUGGAGGAAAUUGGACACAAACCCAACUGCCAGUUUGUGCAUCAGAACGUCAGUGAUGUGUCUGCGCAUGAACAAAACGUGAGGGACAGGAAACACCUCCUGGAGCAGCUGGAUGAAAUGACCAAAGCUGCAGCAAAGAUGGAGAAGCAAAUCAAGGCAAUGGCAAUUUCGGAUAUUAUGGACUAUGAUCCAGAGAAACACAACUGGUACAUCCCUGGCCUGUGGCAUGGAGUCCCUCCCAUGGCUCCAGUGAACAUAGGAUACAGUGAGAGGGUGUGUGAGUUAAAGAAUUACCUAUUUGAAUUUACAAAAUCUUGCUCUGCUAACAGAUCCCUUAAGGACAUUCCCCAGUUAACUGAAAGGCUGAGAAGCCUGUGGAACACUAUAAAACAUGAACAUUUCAGUUUUAGCUUCAAAAGCAGCCUUGUAGAUGAAGUCUAUAACCAGCUGUCUAUGAAUUAUGCAGAGUGGGAAUGGGGUUUCCGCAAGGAGAUGCAUCUGUGGGUAUCUGAAAAAGAAACUUUCAUUCUCAACCAGCCAGUAGCAGACCUAAAUUUCUCUGUCUUUAAAAACAUAGCACUGGAAAAACUGCAGUGUGGUGAGCAAAAGAUCAUGGACUGCUUACAACAAUAUUUUGCAAGGAAGGCCUCAGACCUGCACCUAAUGGAAAAGUACAAAGAAGAUUUUAUAAGGAGCACUAAAACACUCAAGAAUGACCUUAAAACCCAUGUGUUCAGCAAAUGCGAAGAAGCCAUUCUUACUCAAAUAGGCAGGCUGAAGUCACACAACAUCCAGAUUAACUACAUGAAAAUAAUUGAAGGGGAAAUCGAUCAGUUAUUGGCAAACUGCAGGAGGAGCACAAAGCAACUAGAUGACAAGAAACUGGAGUCUAAAUUUGAAACAGUAUGUCAUGAAACAUCACUCUGUCCUCUACAGAACUGCCAAGUUGAUGGAGAUAUGGAGCCCCAGUUGAGAAAUGACCUGAUGAAUCGAAGGAUUGCCAUCCCAGAGGUGCUACAAGGAGCAGGAAGCCUGAAGGAUUACAGAAUGAACUCCUUCAAGAUGAAAUCUAAGUAUUUGGAAAAAUGGCUGAUUCGUAGAGCAGGGUUACACAAAGAUAGUUACCUUCAAAAAGCAAAAGACAUUGCUAAAUCCUUGAUGGAUCAGUGCCAAGAUUACAUUGAAGAAAAGGUCAUUUCCAAAACAGACUACGACAAAGCCUACUGCAGGGAAUUGCUGUGUAUGAUCAAUGAGAGGCUCCAAGAGGCAGAUGUUCGGAAAUGUUAUACUAAUGCAUUCUUCGAAGUUGACCUGAAGCUUCACAUUCUGGGGGAAGCGGCUCAUGAGUUUCAGAAGAUGCACGAAGUAUUUAUCCAGGAAAACAAUCCCCAAAAACAUCUGGAAAAGUUUAAACCUCAGUACCUCUCCCGAUUUAAAGAUCUUUAUUUAGGGAAGGAUUCCUGCCAAAAGAGGGCCAGGGAUUUCUGUGAACAUUGUCUCAAACCUGCCCUGGUGGACUACGUUAAGAAAAGAAUUGCAACAGAAAUAGUGGAUGACUUCCUCAGCAAUGGACAGGCCAUUAAAUAUGGCUGCAAGAUCUUUUUCCAGUUUACCGUGGAGAAGAAGCUCCUGGAAGAUGGGAACUUCAACAACUAUCUGAAUUACGUUAACAGCUAUGAAGAGUUUGUCCAAAGCUGGAUCCACAGACACUUGUUAGAUUACUAUAACAAGACCAGUGGCUUGGAGGUCCCGGAAAGAGAGAUUCUAUCCACAAUAGUAAAAAAAGUGAGAGGAGUUCUGGAACAUGCCAAGGACAUAAAGCCUAACUCGAUCUCUGCUUUCUUAGAUGACUUUUGCAAAGCACUGGAGCAGGAUCUGGUCGUUUCCAAGGACAGCUUAGUGGGGAUACUGUUCAAAAACACAGCAAUGGCCCAGCAAUUUUCUGCAGACAUUCAAACCUUCCUGCCUGACCUGGAACAGCAAAUCUUAUCUGAAUUUAAGGAGCUGGAGCUGGAGUCAAAACUCUCCAACCUGCCAUUGAAGCCUCAGGAUGAGAUGUUCAAGCAAGUUUCUGGAUUUGCAGAAGCCUCCAUUCCCUGAGGGUCCCAGAGAAGCAAGAGAGAUAUGAUAAAUUCCUUAUAGUAGGACUUUGGUAUAAAUGGGAGGCCGAAAUGGCAAUAUUGCCACAGGAAAGAAACUGGGCAGAAAGAGCAGAAGCCACUAUGACAAUGAUGCUAUGGGUCAGUCUAAACAACUGUCUUAAAUGCUUAAAUGAUCUACUGGUGGCUUGGCUAGGGUUAGACAGACUGAGCAGGAUCUAGGGAUGGAGAUAGAGUGACCCGCUUGACAUUAACUCUGUUGAUGCUGGCUCAAUCAAAUAAACUGCUAAAAAUAAUGUCGUACCCAGCCUGUGUGUUCCCAAAAUAUCCUUUAAAAUAGGAUUGUUCACCUAAGAUGGGGAAUAGGACAGGAGGACGGAUGCACUAGUUCCCUCAGACCUGUCUCUCCCUACACCUUUCACAUUGAUACAGACAUAGUUACUGGGUCAGACCAAUGAGCCCAUCUAGCUUGGUAUCUGGUCUCCAACCGAGGAAAAUGCCAGUUGCUUCAGAGGAAGAUGCAAAUGAAACCCCUAGAGGCCAGUUAUGGGAUUACCUGCCCAGAAGAAGGUUUCCUCUUAACACCCAUUAAUUAAGCCUGAUCGAAAAAAUGUUUUGUACCAAUAGAAAUGUUCUGGUCAAAUAUAUUUAAACAGGUACAAACCCUAGUGGGUUAUACUGGGCAUAGCUCAUUCCCAUAAAUGUACAGGAAUAAGCUAUAUCCAUAUAAAGGCCUUGAUAUUGGUAUGACUGUGUCCACACUACGGGGUUCACCACUUUAACUUCAAUGUUUGCUAAGCCAACUCCAGUUAAAAGGGUAGAAAAACUGCCCAUAGACAAGCCUGUAGAGGUUGGCUUGUGCCCUAACGCAGAACAUAUCCUGGGUAAAACAAUUCUUUUAUCUUGUCUAUUCCAGCACUUUUCUCACCUCGACCCAUUCUUAGGACUUGCACAUCCCUUACACAUCCCUUACAGAGUCAGAAAGUUUAAGGCCAGACAGGACCACCGGAUCAUCUAGUCUGACUCCUGCAUAUCACUGGCCACCAACACCACCAGCACCACCAGCAAUUGAAAUGAGAUUGAAGUAUGACAGCCCUCAGGAGACUAGACUGUUGUAUGCCACAGACAGAGAAUAGGAGGCUCUGAGGUGGAUCUUUGCCUGAGGCCCCCCGCAAUGGUAGGAGAUGAUUAAGUGAGAUAGACCCAGAAGAUCCCAGCAAGUGAUUUGGACUCCAUGCUGCAGAGGAAGGCAAGACCCCCUCCCUACCAAGGUCCCUGUCAAUCUGACCUGGGGAAAAAUUUCUUCCCCAUCCCACGUAUGACGAUAAAUUAGACCCUGAGAAUGUGAGCAAGAUCCUGCCAGCCAAGCACCUAGCAGAGAGACUGCUUGGUGUCACCUCAGAGCCCUGGCCCACCCUGCCCAGUGUCCCAUCUCCAGCUGUGGCCAUCUCUGAUGCUUCAGAGGAUGGAAACAAAACAAACCCAGAAUAUGUUAGGGGGAAAAUUCCCUUCCUGACCCUUGCAGGUCACUGACUGAAGCCCUGAAGCAUGAGCGUAGGAACAUAAAACAUCAGUGGGAUGGGAGCCCCAGGGCUGCCGAGCCCUGGUGUAGCCUUGUUAUGAUGUCAGCAACAAAGCAUGGGGUUAAGCUGAUUGAAUCCCCAGAAUUUUUCCAGAGAGCUUUGAAAGCCACUAGCAUUUCCAGAGGGGCCAGGGGAUGAGCUCAGUUCAAGGGAAGUGGGGAGAAGAGUGGAGUUUACACUUUUGUCUAGGAGGUGUUGGUCCUACAAAAUCAAUGGCGGGGGGGUUACUAGGUUUCCUGAUUUUUUUUAGAGGGAACCUCCUGCAGCAAGAGUUUUAACUGCCAAAUUGUUUUACGAAAUUUGACUUCCCUUUUGCAGGACUUUGAAAUCAUGGAAUAGGUCUUCCCUUAAUUGAAGAAAUUGGACAAAAGUGACAGGCUGGCUCACAAAUAUGUGAGCCUGUUUACAUGAGGCCCCCUAGUGCUCUCUUUUUGGCUAACAAAUUAGCUUUCUUGGUUUGGAUGUACAAAGGAUCUAUUUACAAUGACCCUUUACCAUUGAGCAAAGGGAUUUGCUCAGGCAUGAGGCAAAAACACUGAUAUAAAUGGCAAAGCGUCAUACUUGCGAGGUAAACCAUUUGAACUGGUGAACCCGCAAAGUAACGAAAAUUUACGAGGGAAUUGCAUACCCAAACAAAAUUUUAAAAGAAACCAAUUAAAAUAUUAACUGAGGCUGCACUACAAAAUGUCAUUGUACAAGCUUCUUUUGCCAGUUCAGCGUCUUGUGCAGAAUGAGUUGUGCAAACGUGGAGUUUUUCAAAAGCUUUAAUUACCAUUAGCUGAAUUAGAAUCAACAAGCCAAGGUGCCUUAGCAUAUGAAUCACAGGUUAACACAAGGUGAAUUUCUCAAAGAUCAGGUCUUGGAUCCACAAUUUAAUGAUUACCCCAAUACCAUGUUACUUAGCUGGGACCUGGCCUUUUGUUUUUAACAAACAUUCCGAUUUUAAUCUGGGUUCUGCCAAACAGCUGGCCACAUUGUCUGGCAAAACCCAAAUCAAACUGAAGUAUACUAGAACAAAAAGUUGAUCAACAAAUAAAAAUGGUUUAUAAUUAAAUAAUUCAUUAAGCCAAAAUAUACCGAUAUUUAUUUUUUUGCUAACAUUGCAACAUAUUUGCUAACAUAUUUUGCUAACAUUUGCAAAAGAAUUGAACCCCCAUGACAAUAAUUUAAUAAUGGUGGUGAUAAUUGCAUUAGAAUGUUGGAAUAAUGUGAUUCCACAAUUUUUUUUUAUUAAUUAGGUGUCUGAUACCUUUGUGCACAAAAUGUUUUUGUUGCAACAAAAUAAAAAACCAAAAAAACCCCAAAAUAGAAUCAAACCAAAAAUAUUUACGUGACAUGAAAUAUAUAACCGACAAGACAAAACUGUUUCCACAUUAUGCUUAAACAUGUAAAAUAAAAUAUGGAAGCAUAAGUUUAUGCUUACUUAUGCUUUACUUACCAACAUAGUAGAACAACAAAGGGUUAAAUGCACAAAACAAACCACUAAACAUUUAACUAUACUCUAAACAACCAGUUGGACAUUUCUGUUUAGGGCAGGUGUGGGAAACCUAAUGAUUAAAAUUAUUAAUUGCCUAAUACUUAAUUAACACCAACUUUGACCAAUAAGGUGGACGGCCUCUGGAAAUAUGUUGAUUUUUAAACAGGAUGAUACCUAGAAAAACUGCUUGAGUUAACAACUGCUAUUUAACUAAAUUACACCUUAAAGUUGCCUGUUAAAAUAAAUUAACAGUUUAGUAGGAGCCAAAGGUGAUUGCUUUGAAUAUUUAUAGCCUAUAAGAAAACAAAUAGUUUAGAAAAUAAUAUUAACACAUGCUUUGUCUUGAGAGGAAUUAUAAAAAAAAAGUUUUGCAAGAGGUAAGUUUAAACUCUUUUACUGAGGCGAUGAAUUAAGACCUAUAAUAAUAAUCAUGACUGUUAGUUAUUUUGUGGGUGGCAGAGGCCGCCAUGUUUGAUGUCAGAGCAUUUAAGUUUUCAACCAUAUGAGGUAGCUUUUAUUAAAGAGAUGGGAUUUCAUCAAAGGAACACCCUGAGCUUCUUGGCUGUUGCUGUCCGCACCAUGGGAUAUGCUGUCUCUGAGCGGUGGUGGUUGUCUGCACAUGUUCAGAGGGGAUACACUAUGCCUUCUCUCUUCCUGGGCCCAUCCUGGGGGCCAAACUUCUGUGCCCUGUAGUAGGCCGCUCCCCCUGCUGCUGGUCUCUCUCGUUGGGCCCACUACUGUAGUCACUACUUCUGCUGCUAUGACCAUAGGAGGUUUCCACUUAUCUCACUUCUGCUGGCUUAAAUUGGCCCUUUUGGCACUAAGGUCCUGAUAAGCCUUGGUCACUGACUCUCGUUGCUGGGUGAUGAGGCCACUGACCCUCACCCUUGGGUGACACAGACUACAAUAUCGUGGUAUUGCCAGACAUGGAUACCAGCCACCUCUCACCCCUGUUAAAACUUUGUUACUGAUAAGAACAAUAGUAGUAACAGGAGCUGUCCCCCCUUAACUUUGAUACACACACACACAAAUAUAGCUGGAACGACCAAGUGUCCCACGGCAGAGUUAUCUUUGGUCUCAACUAAAUGUCCUACAGCACAGUUAUCCUUGGUGUCACUUCACUCGUGGGGCAUUGGCUGGGAAUCCCCAGCUGUCCUAUUGCACAGUUAUCCCUCUGGGUCCUGGUGUCCUCUUGGACAGUUUUUCCUCCAGUAUUUCCCCUGAGUGAUUCCUGAAAUUGCUUCCUCAUGGGGGAUAACAACAGCCAGCUACGGCUGUCAAUGUGGGUGGUUCCCUACCUCUUCACCAAGAGGAAGUGCUACAGAUUACUGUUAGCCAAAAGGGGAAGUACCGCAUGCUCACCAGCAUUACAAAUCUUGCUCCUUACAAACUUGCCUUUAAGAACUAUAUGGUGAGAAAAUGCAGAGUGCCUACAGCAAAAAGGAAGACAGUCCUGCCAACAAGUGAGAUAAGACAUAACUGCAGAAAAGGAGACUGCCUGUCAAAGUUAACCUUUUUCCCUGGACCGUGUAGAGAACACUGGCAGAAAAAUGAAUGUAAGGACUUUUGAAACUGCAGGGCCUCUGUUAUGUGCUCCACCCAAUGCUGUUUGUGAUGCCAGUUGUAGCCUGUACAAUCAUUACGUGUAUAAGAUUAUGUAUUGGUGUGCAACAUGCACUUGUCAUACAGGGUCUUUUCCUAGGCAGCUACUUCAAGUUAAUUGAGAAGAUGGAAUUUAUUGAAAUAUACAGAAACUUUAUU